AUGGGAGACACAGAGAGUUGUUGCAAUAUCAAAGCUAUCAGUUCUGAAUGGAAUCAAAAUGGAAAGCAGAAACAAAAGAUUGAAGUUUACCUCAAAGUUCUUAGUCGACUUAGGGAAUUGAAUGUUCCUGAGAUUAUGGCUCCCGGUUUUGAGGAUGAUCUUUGGGCGCAUUUCUAUCGUCUUCCCACUAGGUAUGCAUUGGAUAUGAAUGUGGAGAGGGCUCAAUAUGUCCUUAUGCAUAAAAGGUUACUGCACAUUGCACGAACCCCAGCUGCAUCUACUGGACCUGCAGUUGAAGUCCGUCUUGUACAAGUGGUUUGCUCUGCUUCUGGGGUGACUUGUAAAUCCCUUCAUUCAAAUUCACAAAAUAAAGUGAGUCCUCAAGAUUCUGAUAUUCAGGGCAACAUGAUGAGGCCUAUGCAUGAAAUCACAAUUUCAACAAAUGACAAGCCAAAACUUCUUAGUCAGUUGACUUCCUUAUUGUCUGAGACUGGGCUGGACAUUCAAGAAGCACAUGCUUUUUCGACAUUGGAUGGCUAUUCAUUGGAUGUUUUUGUUGUUGGUGGUUGGGCAGUUGAGGAGACAGAAAAGUUAAAGCAUGUACUAGCUAACAAAAUUCAGAAACUAGAGAAGCAGUCUCAGUUGAAAGAAAAUGGCAGUCCUCCUCUUGCAAAGCUUGCAGAGCAAGAGAAAAUUAGGAUGAACUUUAUAUCUAGACAUGUAAUUUUUCCCACCCGUGAAAACGGCGUCUCAACAAGUGAAGCAAGUUGGUUGAGAUUUGAAAAGAAAAUUGCAUCUGGACCGUUCAGUGAUUUGUACAAAGGUACAUUAUGUAAUCAAGAUUUAGCUAUCAAAGUCCUGAAGCAAGAGAGUUUGGAUGAAAAUAUACAUAGGGAGUUUUCUCAGGAAGUAUAUAUCCUAAGUAAAAUUCAGCACAGGAAUGUUGUCAAAUUUGUUGGUGCAUGUACAAAACCCCCAAACCUCUGCCUUGUCACAGAAUAUUUGUCUGGUGGAAGUAUGUACGACCUUCUUCAUAAACAGAAAACUGUCCUUGCUCUUCCAUCUUUGCUAAAAGUAGCCAUUGAUGUUUCUGAAGGGAUGAAAUAUUUGCAUCAGAAUGAUAUCAUACACCGGGACCUCAAGUCAGCUAAUCUUUUGAUAGAUAAGACUGGAGUUGUUAAGGUUGCUGAUUUUGGUGUAGCCAGAGUGCGCAAUCGUUCUGGUAUAAUGACUGCAGAGACCGGAACAUAUCGGUGGAUGGCUCCAGAGGUUAUUGAGCAUAAACCAUAUGAUCACAAAGCUGAUGUCUUUAGCUUUGCAAUUGUUCUCUGGGAGCUGCUUACAAGAAAGCUUCCUUAUGAGCAUUUGUCCCCAUUGCAAGCAGCAGUUGGAGUGGUCCAGAAGGGUUUAAGGCCCAAAAUUCCAAGGCAUUGUCAUCCAAAGUUGGUGGAAUUGCUUCAGUGGUGCUGGCAGCAAGAUCCAUCUUUGAGACCCAGUUUUUCAGAAAUUUUGGAAUUUUUGCUGCACAUUUCCAAGAUGGUAUGUCAGGCCGUUCCUGAUGAGAUGAUGAAUGUCAUUUGAAAAUUAAUAAUUUAAAUGUUAUUUUUUUUACAU